UCCACUAUCAAAAUUACAGGAGUUACGUAGAGAUGGAGAGAAGAUUCAAGGUGUACGUGUACGAAGAAGGGGACCCACCCAUAGUCCAUGAUGGGCCCUGCAAGGACAUAUACACUACAGAAGGCAGAUUCAUACAUGAGAUGGAGUAUGGGAAGAGUGGGUUCAGGACAUGGGACCCUCACAGAGCUCAUGUCUACUUCAUGCCCUUCAGUGUCACCUGGAUGGUCAAGUACCUCUACAAGCCUCUCUCUUAUGACCUCGGACCACUUAGAGACUUUGUGUCUGAUUACGUGAAGGUCAUCUCCACCAAGCACCCCUUUUGGAAUAGGACUCAUGGCGCAGAUCACUUCAUGCUCUCUUGUCAUGAUUGGGGACCCCAUGCCUCACAAGGCAAUUCAAUACUCUACAACACCUCAAUCCGAGUCUUGUGCAACGCCAACUCCUCCGAAGGCUUCAACCCACAAAAAGAUGUUACCCUCCCUGAAAUCCAUCUCUACUCCGGCAACAUCCCCCCCAAACUCCUCUCCACUUCUCCACCAUCCCCCUCUCCCCGUCCCCACCUCGCCUUCUUCUCUGGCGGCCUCCACGGCCCCAUCCGCCCCACCCUCCUCCACUACUGGAAAAACCGCGAUCCUAACCUCCUCGUCUACGAAUACCUCCCAAACAACCUAGACUACUAUACUCUCAUGCUUCAAUCCAAGUACUGUCUGUGCCCAAGUGGCUAUGAAGUGGCUAGCCCUAGAAUAGUCGAGGCCAUUUAUGCUGAAUGUGUCCCAGUGAUCUUGUCCGAUCACUAUGUGUUGCCGUUUAGCGAUGUGUUAAGAUGGGAAGCAUUCUCGUUACAGGUUGGAGUUUUGGAGAUUCCUAGGUUGAAGGAGGUGUUAAUGGCUGUUCCAGAAGAGAAAUAUGUGAGGUUGACGGAAGGUUUGAGAGGUGUGAGGAGACAUUUUGUGUUUCACCAACCAGCUAAGAGGUUUGAUGUGUUUCAUAUGAUAUUACACUCUGUAUGGCUUAGGAGAAUAAAUUCAAGACUAUGAUAGAUACAAUGUUAUAUACAUAUACAUGUCGCAAAAUUAAUGGAUGAAAAAUUAAUGUAUCACCUUUUGUUGUACUUGUCAAUAUGGUGCUCCUUAUCAAUGGUCAAAAUCUUAUGGAUAAAACAAAAACAAGUAUUUAAACAGAGGAACACAAAUGCAAAGUAGACAAAACUUUCUCAAUGACUUUUGAUUAAUAUGAGAGAAAAAAUUGAGAUAAAGUAUGGCAUUUUGCAACCCUUAAUUCUGUUGAACUCACUUCCCCAUUCCCCAAUUCUACCAAAAUACUAACACAGCCCUUUUCCCAUCCAUCCAUCUCCAAGAAUCUUUACAUUAUUUCUUUUUCCCACCAAAGUGUUCCAACAGCUCUACCAGCCAACAACAUACCCAACAGAA